UGUCUGAUCAAUUGUUUUAUUGAUGGUGGUCGAAUGCUAUCCACAAAUGAUUUACCAAAUACUAAACCUAUGACUACAAACAAUCUCACAGAGCAAAUGAAUAAGUCAGUUGAAGGUCAGUGUGUAGGUACUCAACCAAUUAACCAUUUUAUUGAAAGGUUAUAUGGUAUUACUUUAAUACUAGAUAAUAUUAUUAAAGAAAUCUCUUUACAGUUGGUAUUUGAAGCAGUGAUGAUUGAACAAGAAUGUCUUUAUGUUAUACUUCACUCAGUAAAACCUGCAGUUGAAGGAUCAGAUAUAUACUUUUAUGUAAAAAAGAGAAAUAGCGAAUUUAGAUCUCCAUAUACUAUGCGAAGAAUUAGUAUUAAUGACAAAUCAAGCAAAUUACUUCAGCUAAUAUUAAAUGAACUUGCAUUUAAACAUCCUGUUGUGUAG